AUGUCCACGCUCCUACUUGACGCAGAGCAUAGCGAUGUUCAUUUGAAGCUUGUAGAGGAGCUGCUGGGGUGGCAGCGCAGCGGCAUGCUCAUCAUCGACGGGUGGGAGGAUCAGCUUCGUCGUGAAUUAUACGGGGUGGCGGCAGGACGGGUUGGAGACGCGACAAUCGUUAUGGGCUUGUACGAUGUCACUGGACAUCGUGGUAAUGCCGAGACCGUUCUCAAAACUGCGAAGACUGCAAUGGCGGAUAUGGGGAUCACAAACGCGAGCCCGUUUCUUGCAGCUGUCACCGAUAAUCCCAACGUUAUGAAGUGCUUCCGUAAAAUGUUAGAGAAGGAAUUCCCCUGGCUGAUAACACUAGCGUGCUGGGCCCACGGGCUGAACACCCUCAUCGGCGAGAUUUGCCGAUAUGCUGACGCCAAACGCGAAAUCAAGCGCGCCAAUCGAGUGGUCACAUUUUUCAAUGGAUCGCACUACUGGGGUGGGCAGCUCAAAACGACAGCUGCUGCGGAGGGAGUGAAUCGCGGUCUGAAGAAAAACUGCGAGUCACGGUGGUACGCACUAAUCCUCUUGCUGAGAAGUAUCCUAUCGCAUCGAACCCCGCUCAUCACACUUGUCGCCCGCGAAGAUGCCUGCCAUGCCGCAAAAGGGUUGUCUGCUGUGAACGAAGAUGUUAUCCGAACCGUACGCGACCCCGACGACACAUUUUGGCCAAUGGUUUCCCAAACUGUUCGCAUUGCUCAACCAUUCGUUGACGCAAUCGCACUAUGCGAGGGACGGGCGGCUACUCUCGGAGAGUGUAUGCUGAACCUGGUCGAAGCUGCGCGUCAGCUUUCUCUGCUGAAAGACGAACGCAAAGACGAUAUUGGCUUCAAAGAGCAUGCUUACCAGGUUGUCGACAAGCGUUUCCGCAACCCCUCUUCACCGUCUCGCUCUUUUCCUCCAUCCGUUGUGUCGCAAACUAGCCGUGCCUUGGAUAUUGCAAAGAACAAAUGGAAGUGGCCGAAGUCGAUGUGCAAGUUGCUUCUGCUUGACCUGGUGGAAUAUCAUGGCUGCCGAGAGCCUUGGAACGGUGGAGAUCGUGACUUACGAGAGUGGUGGAAGCGUCUUUCCGUCUCCGCCGAGAAACAUCCCCUCAAGCCCUUCGCAAUGGCAAUCAACUCCAUUUGCCCGCACUCUGCCGAGAUAGAGCGACUCUUCUCUGCUUGUAAUGGCAUUCAGUCAGCUAAACGAAAUAGUCUGGGUGUCGACACCUUUUCAAAGCUUGCGAAAAUCCGAAGCAAGCUGGUGGAAGAGGCCAAAUCCCACAUCCCUGCGAAAAAAACCAAGGUCGUGCAGCAGAAGUCCCAAGUCAUGCCACUAUCGACCCGAAUGACGGCUGCCAAUAGCCCACCUCUGGGCCCUGACAGCGCGCAGCCGAGCAAGACCUUCGAUGAGGACCUUUGGGAUGCACCGCUCGAAGGAGAUGAGGAUGAUGGCGAGGAGGCCACGGAAAGGGCUUUUGCACAGCUUGAAGAAACAUUAGAUGCUGAGAAGGAAGAUGAAGACUCAGAGCAGGCAGCUGAAGACACACCGCCAGAGAAUGCAGACUCAGAUGAAGAACUACCUGAGCGGCUGAAGGUUGGUGGGAAAAAGAAGAAAAAAUCCCCGAGUUAG